UUCAGGUACCAAACCAAACUUCUUCUCCAGAACAUUACCCCCCCUUCCCAAAAUAUGGUUAAUGACAGUUAUAGAAAUAGAAACAAAAAUAAAACAGCAGAAAAAUGCUUCUGCUUCAUCACAAAAUUCCUCUUCCCUUCCACCGUCAAUCUCUCCUCUUCAACCCCAAAAUCAUCCCCAGAAAACUAAUAAUCCCAAUUCACUCCAUGUCCACUUCAUCUUCACAAACAACUCAUCAACAGUUGGACCAACAGCAAGAAGAUGAAGAAAAACAAGCUUUAUUAUUAGCGCAAGUCUUGAAAUACCACAAAGAAACGAAACACUCUUUCACAAACUACGCUCGUGGCCCUCGUGGUCUUGAUUGGGCCAAUCAGCCCAACCCUUUUCGCCGUUACGUUUCUUCUCCACUCAUCCCUCUCUUACACUCUCCAUUUCCGGAUGAAUCAUCUCCUCUUUACUCCUCACUUUUCAAGACUCUCCCUUUUCCAAAACCCAUUUCCCAUUCCACAAUUUCUCAGUUUUUUUAUUAUUCUUUAGCCUUAUCUGCUUGGAAAUCUACUGGGUUUUCAACUUGGUCCCUUCGGGUAAACCCUAGUAGUGGAAACCUUCAUCCAACUGAAGCUUAUAUUAUUUGUCCACCUGUUGAAUCAGUGUCAGAUAAAGGUUUUGUGGCCCAUUAUGCUCCAAAAGAGCAUUCUUUGGAAAUUAGAGCUCAAUUUCAAUCUGGGUUCUUCACAAGAUUCUUCCCUGAAAAUUCUUUCCUUAUUGGAUUAUCAUCUAUUUUUUGGAGAGAAGCUUGGAAGUAUGGUGAAAGGGCAUUUAGGUAUUGUAAUCAUGAUGUAGGUCAUGCUAUUGCUGCUGUUUCAAUGGCAGCAGCAGGGCUUGGAUGGGAUGCGAAGGUUCUAGAUGGAUUGGGUUAUGAGGAGUUGGAGAAGUUAAUGGGCCUUGAAAUUUUUCCCAAGUUUAAUAUCCCGUCUCGGCCAGUGAAGGGGACAAUGCCUGAGAUCGAAUUUGAACAUCCGGAUUGUGUUCUUUUGGUUAUUCCUAGUGGUGUGAAUGAAUUUGAAGUGGAUUAUAAGGAGUUGAGUAAUGGUAUUUCGGAGCUUUCGGGUUUGGAUUGGAAUGGCAAGCCUAAUGUGCUUAGUAAAGAGCAUAUUUGUUGGGAUAUCAUAUAUAGAACAGCUGAAGCAGCGAAAAAGCCAUUAACAAUGUUUAAUGGAUCUGUAGUUGAUCCAUUUCAGAGAAGUGGAACAAUCAGUGAAAGCUCUUAUAAGGAUUUAAGUUUAAGGGAAUUGGUUAGAAAGCGUAGGAGCGCGGUUGAUAUGGAUGGUUUUACCGAAAUGGCAAACGACACAUUUUAUCAGAUAUUGUUGCAUUGUAUGCCUUCUGGUUCUUGUGACGGGGAGAAGCAUGCUAGGCAAUUGGCAUUGCCAUUUAGAUCACUUGCUUGGGAUAGUGAAGUCCAUGCUGCUCUGUUUGUUCAUAGGGUUGUUGGCUUGCCUAGUGGAUUAUAUUUUUUGGUAAGGAAUGAGAACCAUUUGGAUGAUCUUAAGAAAGCUACUAGAGCUGAGUUCAAAUGGGUGAAACCAGAUGGUUGUCCUGAUGAUCUUCCUCUGUAUGAGCUGGCAAGAGGCGACUGCAAGGAGCUUUCAAAACGAUUGUCAUGCCAUCAGGACAUUGCUAGUGAUGGCUGCUUCAGCUUGGGUAUGAUUGCUCAUUUUGACCCCACUUUGCGCAACAAGGGUUCUUGGAUGUACCCGCGGUUAUUUUGGGAGACAGGAGUUCUGGGCCAAGUUUUGUAUCUUGAAGCGCAUGCAGUUGGCAUCUCUGCAACUGGAAUUGGCUGUUUCUUUGACGAUCCCGUGCAUGAAAUUCUUGGGCUCAAAGGAUCAGAGUUUCAGAGUCUCUAUCAUUUCACAGUUGGAGGUCCAGUUGUUGACAAGCGGAUAAUGAGUCUGCCAGCAUACCCCGGCCCAAGCGUUGAUGCCUGAUCAGAAUAAUACCAAAGGUUGUUUGAUUCAUUAUGUCCAAUUUCACAAACAUAACAAGCUAUUACGCUGAAUUUCACAUGAAUUGUGUAGCAAGAAGGUUUACUGCUCAUAUUUCUUCAGACAAAAUAUGGAGAAAAUAAAAAUUCCUGAAACCUAAAGGUGAAGAAAAAUGAAUGUCUUGAUAUACUAAACUAUAUAGUUAGGAGCCAUAGUUGAACCUCUGUACACAAAUUCCAUCAUUGUACAGAACCAACAUUUUCCUCAAUGGUGAGAACUUGCAUUAAAGUUUUUCUCACUUA